ACAAACAUGUAUGAUUCUUUAAAGCAAAGAUCAAUUGAAAUAUUCAGUAUUUCUGAAGAACGUCGUUUAAAAAAACUCUUGCAAGAAAUCGCAUUAGGUGAUAGACGACCGUCUGCAUUGCUGCGACAAAUGCAAGAUUUGGCUGGUGAUCGUGAUGGUGAUGCAUUGCUAAAAUCAUUAUGGCUUCAAAGACUUCCCACACAAAUGCAAGCUAUUUUAAGUACUUCAUCAGAUACUCUUAAUAAAUUAAGCUAUAAUGGAAAACUAGACGGCCAUGCGUUACUGGCGGCGAACGUCAACGGCCAUGCAAAUUGUCGCCUUGUAGUUAUUGAUAGGACUUUAGGGCUUAAAUUAUUAGUAGACACUGGCGCCGAUAUUUCUGUUUUGCCACCUUCUCGGAAUGAACGCAAUAAGACUCCGUCCAUCUUAAAACUCUUUGCUGCUAAUGGUUCUCAAAUUCCGGUUAAAUGGAAUUAA